AUGACAUCCAAAUGUAAAACCGAUUUGCCUUACAAUACUUCCACUGAAGCAAUGUGGGAGUCUAACGUUUCCAAGUCUUUGCGUGACAACAAUGCCAACAGAAGCACCAACUGUGGAUCUGUGUCCGUUGCUUUUCCUAUAACUAUGAUGGUUACAGGAAUGGUUGGGAAUUUCCUUGCAAUUUUACUAGUUUGUAAUUCAUAUAGGAAAAGGGAAAACAAAAGGAAGCAGUCUUUUCUGCUCUGCAUCGGAUCUUUGGCAUUGACUGACCUGUUUGGCCAACUACUCACAAGUCCUAUCGUUAUUUCGGUUUACAGAGCAGGGCUGAAAUGGGAGCGCGUCGAUGAGUCGGGAACUUUGUGCGCGUUCUUUGGUGUUUGCAUGACCACCUUUGGGCUAUGCUCACUUUUUUUAGCCAGUGCCAUGGCAAUCGAAAGGGCUUUAGCAAUCACAACUCCUCAGUGGUAUUCAAUAAACAUGAAACCUAAUGUGACUAAGCAAGUGCUCGUCACUAUUUGGUGUCUAGUUUUAUUUUUCGCCUUAUUGCCCGUUGCCGGCGUUGGGAAAUAUACUUUGCAGUGGCCAGGGACAUGGUGCUUUAUUAGUACUGGUGACAGAGAUGUAACGGGAAAUACGUUCUUUGCCUCUACGUUUGCUAUAUUGGGGAUAUUUGCGCUGCUUGUCACUUUCUCCUGCAACGUUGUCACUAUCCGUGCAUUGGUCGUGCGUUGCAAAAUGAAACCAAACGCAUCCCAGUCGUCCAAGCAAUGGGAAAGGCUAACUACAGAGACCGUCGUUCAGCUGAUGGGAAUCAUGUGCGUUCUGCUCAUAUGCUGGUCGCCUUUACUGAUACUAAUGUUAAAGAUGAUCUCCAACCAUACAUCUUCUCAUCAGUGCAAGUCAGAUGUCACUCUCCUGCCCAGUCAGGAUUUACAGAUGGACUGCAACUUUUUUCUAACAGCCAUACGGUUGGCCUCUCUGAAUCAAAUUUUGGACCCUUGGGUUUAUCUGCUCCUCAGGGAGAUUCUGCUGAGGAAAUUCUGCCAGAUGGCCAAUGCAGUGUCCAACUGCUCACUGGAUGGACAAAAGGUGACUUACAUUGUUCCGGAUUAUAUAAUGAAGGAGGCCAUUGAGAGAGACGAGUCACAGAAACUGUCUUCUCUUGACCCUGGUGGAAGUGUACAGCCAUGAUAAGUUAUUUAUAUACUAUUUAUAUAACACUGUAUAAAAAAGUUUAUUUAAGAAAAGGACAGUGAAGUGUUUAAGAUAAAUCUAAUAGAGUCAACAUGCACUUGGUUCUGAUUGGUAAGAUUUGUGAAUGGUUGUGUGACCAUGACAUAGCAUGCAAGCAGUUGACCCUGUUUAACGGCUUGAGCUGACCUGCCAUAUGUGCAUGGUUAUGAAUUACAUAUGUGAAGCAAACACUGCAGUCAGAGACAUUAACAGCUAAAGCUGUAUAGCAAUACCAGAGAAAAACAGUUUUCUGGGGUUCAAAGGAAAUUCUGAGUGCUGUUCAUUAAACACCAGUUAUCUGUAAUGUAGUUAAAGCAUUGCUUUUUAUGGGCCCACUGUUUGGAAAGUAAAUAAAGAGCUUUAAUUUCCUGAUUAGGAUAUAAUUUGCCAUAUUAUUUAAUUUCUUUGCAGCAAAGCACUGAAUGGUCUCAAACCUCUCUACACCAAUCCUAUUUUUAUCUGCUGUUAUGACAAAGGAGAAGAAUUACAGACAUGAUAGCUAUAAUAAGAUAAUGGCAUCAUAAAAUUGGGUGAUCAGUUAACUAACUAAGGUACAUCUCACAAUGAACCUCUUGAUGUUCGGCCAGUGUGACCUGUCUACCAAAUUGUAUUAAUGAGUUCCUUCAUUACUGCUUUCUGAGCCACCCAGUACCCAUGGUAACCAGGGCUCAUAGCUUCAGAAAUGUAGUCCUUACACUUGAAACUGUUGCUUUCAUAGUGGAGUUCAGGUCAUGUAGUGCCCAUAUUUGACCAUGCCACACAUUGAUAUAAUAGACGCCUUGUCUCAUGUGAUUUAAGCCUGUGUGUAUUAGUGUGUUACAGUAUUAUGUUCUUCCACUGCACUGAAAGAACUCUUCAUAAAACAAUCAGUAGUUACACAGUCAGUCAAAUUGCUAGAAAUAAAGAAACAAACCCAGAAGUAAAAAGUGCCUUAUUUAAUAUUCCUUCUUGUCAAAAGACAGAAAGUCAUUGCUCUAGUCAUGUUGAGGUUGCUAUUAUGUAUGAUUUAAGAGAAUUGUGUCUGCAGGAGACAUUUUUGUGCCUUUUGACUACAGAGAGUACUAUUAUAAAAUUCAAAAUAAUUCUGAUGUCCGUAUUUGAUUGUUGAUUCUGAUUCCAAAGGGAUCCAUUUUUUUGUGUUGGUAAUUUUACAGCCAGUACACAUAAUUUUGUUGCAUCACACUGUGCAAUAAAGUUGUUUUCAUACUGAGAUUUCUGUGAUUACUGACAUUGCUAGCUGUAAUUAGCUGCAAAGUGAACUAUUAGCAUUCAGUCGAAUCAGCAUUCCGUAAUAUACUUGGCAAUACUGAGAGGUCUAAAGGCCGUAAUUUCCUGGAAAUAAAACAGUUGUGCAAAACAUAAUGGGUUAUUAAUGAAAAUACACCAUUCAUGCUGUACCUUCUCAGAGUUACACUUGAUAUGGUCUUAUGGUAGUUUUCUCACAAGUUCAGUUCUUUAUUCACUACCCUGUAGUGUCUCCUCUUAGACGAGCAAAAUAUGGUGUCUAUUUCCAGCUGUAAAUGAUUGUUAUAAAUAAACAUGUUCUCAAAAUCAAACAUAAACCACCCAAAAACAAGUCAUGAUGACCAUGACACAAAAACAGAUCUUUUUUAUUUGCUCCACUCCUGUGAAAAAGUGGCAUUUCCUAUCUUGUGUAUAAUGUCAACAUUAUUUACAUAUGUGCAAUAUGGCCUUUCCUAAGCAUUCGCAUAUGAUUUCAAGGAUAUGAUUAUUGAAAUUAAAUGGAUAUGGAUAUGUGUCAAGUCUUAGACUCUAAAUGUCCUAAUUCAUUUUAGAUAUUACCAGCAUAGGUAUACACAACUUUAUAGCAGGAGUAAGAAAGUGCAACAUACUAUUUAUUAUAUACAUUCAUAAUAUUUCAUUUAUAAUAAUACUGGUCAGUUUAAAUUUUGAGCACUUACUGUUAAACAGAGCAUACAUUUGCAUACAUUUAUCAGUAUGAUACUGUCGGUGCUGCUUUGUAUUUGAACCCAUGUUGUUGUUGUUGCUAACACUUGUAGGUGGUGAACUACAUGAUAUAGAAUAUCCUCAACUAUAUCAUCAUUGAAUUUCUCAUUUGAGAGGUUGAUGUACCAGUUUUUUAGUGACCUAUUCAGUGCUUUGUUAGUUUGAGUGCUGCCAUGCAUUUAAUGGUAUAUAUUUUAAGACGUAACAUUGUGUUCAAAGGUAUACAUACAUUUAAUGAACAACAGCUGUUAUUGUAAUGCAUGUAUUAUAUUGAAAGGAGUCAUAGACCAAUUUAUUGUUUUACCAUCAUGAGCUCUUAUUACCAAUUAUUAUUUGGUUGAUAAUUUUGUUCCUUCAAGACACAAGGGAGACAUUUAAUACAAUUACUUGAAAACCACAUGGUAUGCUAAACUGUGAUAUUUAUGAGCCAAACUAUGAAUACUUGCCAUUUUGUAUUCAUGUUAGUUUGGAAUUAUGUAUCCAGCUGAAGAAUGUCUGAUUGUAGUAUUGUUGUAUUCAUUAUUACAUAAAAGUCUACACUGAUAAUGUCUGUAUAUAAGCAACAAUGUUCACCAUGGUUCUUAUGCAUGUAUUAAAAAGUGUUAGGCAAUGCUUACAUGUAAAGCCACCAGCAAUGUUCUGUUUCGAAACCUUUCCCCUAGUGAAUAAAUGUUAGAUAACUGUUAUGAGUGCCACUGCUAAGUCUUCAGAAUAUUUUUUCUUUAAUGUACAGGGACUAAAUGCUUUUUAUGUGCAUACGGAUAAUUUCUCACACCAUAAAUCCUAUGAUACUAAGCAUAGGGACAUGGUUCUGCUUAAGUACAUGAUAAGAAGCAUUUGGAAAUGCUUGCAACUGUUUGCAAAGUCUGCCAAUUUGUUUUAAGCCAUCAGUCAGUGUUCAUGGCUUUUACUGUGCCUCAGAUAUAUGUCUGUAUUCUGUGCUGCCUGAGUAUCUACAGGGACAGACUGUAUUUCAGAAUGGGCCUAUAACUUAUUUGAAGAUUCAUUUAAAAUCCCAUUUUGAGCAUGCCAAUUAAAACAUUGCACAAUAACCAUAAGUGUGUCUGUUAUUAAAACAUUAUAAUAUUCUGAGCUUUUAUUUUGUCUUAGGAUUUUAUGAUGUUUAUUGAUGGUGAUCAUAUUAAAUUGUAAUUGUGCUAAGUA